UGUUCAUAAACGUCAAAGUCGAAAUAAGUUUUCGUUGGAAAUAUGGCAGAUGAAAAUACUCUGCAAAAGAAAGAAGAACCAAAGAAAAAACAAAAAAGAUAUCCAAAUAAAAAUUACUCUGUAAAAAAACGUUUACCUUUGAGGCCAGUUGAUGGCAACAAUGUAAUAUUUAUAACAAAGAAAUCCAAUUUUAAGGCCCAACUGGAUAAAUGUUGCGAUCUUUUAACCGGUGGUGAGAACGAGAUCAUUCUUCAUGGUUUGGGUUCCGCCAUCCAGAGGUGCUGCAACUUAGCACUGCAGUUGGAAAUAUUGUUUGCUGGAACUUGUCAAAUAGAAGUAAACACUGGUACUGUCGACUUGGUCGAUGACCUAGAGCCACUGACAGAUGACUUAGACUUUGAUACCCAAGUGCGACAUUCAUCAUCAAUACACAUAAGAAUAUUCAGAGUUGCAAUGCUUGGUGCCUAUCAGAAUCAAUAAACAUACCAAUAUGUUCUUCACACUAAAUGAAAUUGUGCAGUGGAUAGGACUCACGGUGUUUGAAAUAUGGAUCAAUCUAAUAACAAUUACAAUAUUUUCUAUCUUGUUAGCACUCAAAAUAGAUAAUGUGCUAAGCAGUGCGUGGUGGACUAUAUUUGCACCAUUGUUUGUCAGCGAUGCAAUGAAUGCAUAUUUCUGUUGUAUUGUUUGUAUUAGAAUGAAUUUAGAAAGUUCAUACAAAGUCUCUCUCUACAGAGCCUCAUGGAGUGGAAUAUUCUUAGGUUUAACAUUUGUGUUUAAGUUCUUACUGUGCAGAAAGUUACAAGGUGACUCAGCAAUAGAAUACAGUGAAGUGUUUGCACCACUUUUUAUAUUAUUACAGCUGAUAGCAGUAAGAGCCUGUCAGUUACAUCAAUAAUGUAUAUUUAUAUGUAAUAAAACAUUUUUAUAUUUA